UAUUAUAUUAUUGCUAAACCUACUGUGAAUAUUAUAGUGUUGUUAGUCACAAUAACAAAGACACUCACAAAACUAUUUAGAUUUUUCCCCAAAAGUCAGUUUUUUGUCACCUCUCUGAAAAACCAGGGUCUAUGGUUAAGGUUACUUCUCAUCACCUCUACUUAGGAUUUCAAAGGGUUAAACAUCGUGGCAUGUAAUGGGCAUCAAGCGGAAGAUUUACUGUAGGCGUGGUGAAAUAUAUCAUGUGAUGCACUUAGUAAGCCAGCAUGUGACAGUCACACCUACAAUAAAAAAAUAAAUAAAGGAAACAAGGUAGUAUUUUUCCCUGCCCCAAUAUGUGGUUGUGAAGAGAGCAUGCUGGUUAACCAGAGAGUGUGUGUGCUUUGACUGUCUCGAAUCAGUCAUAAUGUAAUCUCAUGUUAAACCCCGUUGAGUUUCCAUAGCUGAAAAUCUUUUAGUGGCACUCCUUUGGGCGAGUCUAUGAUACAAGAAAAACGGGUUUCACGACAUUUGCAUACUUGAAAGUAGAUAUAAUCGGCAGAGAGUAGCUGUGCUGGGCACAACUGGCUUGAGUUUUCUCUUGGUUUUUGCAACAGACUUUUGUUUUUCCCACUUUUUGUCAUCCGUUGAAAAUGGGCAUUAAAAAAUUCUCAAUCGAAUACGAUGCCAUCAACAGCAAAAACACCUUCACGAAUGGAGAUAUCAUUAAUGGAAGAAUUAUUGUGGAGGUGUCUGGUGAAACCAAAAUCCAAUCGCUGAUUUUUAGAGGACAAGGAAGAGCGAAGGUAUGCUGGAGUGAGCAUUACGGAGAGAAUCAAACCCACGUUUACUGGGCUACUGAGAAAUAUUAUGACAUCAAACAACAUAUCUUGAGAGAAUCAAGAAACGAUGGCACUGAAGUCAUUGGAAAAGGAAGACAUGUGUAUCCUUUUUCGUUCAGGAUUCCUGAUGGAAUACUGCCAUCAACCUAUAAAGGAGCCCAUGGCAAAAUUGUUCAUAAGGUGAAAGCAGAGCUGAAACAAUCAAUGAAGAUUACAAAAAAAACCAAGGCCCACUUCACUUUUGUGUCCAAGGCACACAUGGGUAUUCCUGGACUUCUGGAACCUCAGUAUGCUUGCAAGGAUAAAUCUGUUUUGGGCUCUGGAAAGGUUUCAGUAGAUGUCCAUACCACUCAGAUGGGAUACAUGCAAGGUGAAGCUCUCGUGGUCACAGUUGAAAUCAACAACAACUCGAGUCGCACAGUGAAGCCCAAAUUCAUACUGUAUCAGAAACACAGUUUCUUCGCCCAGGGCCACAGGACACUUUACACACACGACAUCCUUAAGGAUAAGGCUGAGGCUGUUGAAGCAUCUUCUGGCAGAAAAACUGUGACCAAGGUGAUCACCAUCCCUAGAGACCUACCCCCCUCCAUCUUGAACAGCCACAUCAUCAACCUGGAGUACAGGCUGAAGGUCCAACUGAAUAUCAAAUGUUCCAUUGAUCCAAAGCUCAAACUUCCUAUAGUUAUCAUGCCUGCGGUUGUGAAACAACCACAUCCUUCUGCUGGCAUUGGAUUUGACACUUUUAGGAACCCAGAAAAACCAUCCUGGGGAACUGCACCCCAGCAAACACCACCCCAGCAAACACCACCCCAGCAAAUACCACCCCAACUUGGAGAUCUUCCACCUCCCUACGGAGCACAUGUGAUGUACCCCACUACCACUCUCGAUGAUUAUAAGACUGCACUUUGAAAAUCUUCCUUGAGAGAGAACGUCUAAGCCUUAAACACAGACUUGAGACAAAUGAUUCAAUACAUUCAAAAAAGCAGACUGGUGUGCUGUUAAGGCUGCCAACCACCUAUUCUUUGUUCCUUCAUACCCCAAACUGUGAAGAAUUGAGGCAAUAAAUCAGAAAAUGCUGGUUUUCAUAUUAGCAGUUGUUGUCUUCUAACUCCAAACAGAUUUUCAUUUACUCUCCUAUUUAAACUGUAAGACUGUAUACAUUUAAUAUCUGUGAAAUAUCUGUGUAAAUAAUAUAUUUACAAGUUUUACUAUAUUUUUCUAAUAAAACAUCAUAUUUGAAAUGCAAAA